AUAGAAGUGAGAGGAGAAGCCCUCUAAGGAAAGGUGGAGUUAAUGUGCAGAGAGGUGGAGUUGUACAGGACAUUCCAGAGCAGGUGAAACUUUACACAGACAGGUGAACCAACACCUUGUUCAGAGAUUCUCUUCAUCUCCUGCAGUCGUUGUCUCAGCUUUAUUUAUUACUGCCAAACAUGCCUUAUGUGUUCAGCUCGGCGAGUGGGGGCUCCCAAAAAAAGAAGGCAGUGAAAGACCGAGGGACCAUCGGGGUGAAGGCAAGCAAAGCCACCUACCAGGAGCUGAAAAAUCAGUGCCUAACGCAGGGAGUUUUAUAUGAGGAUCCAGAAUUCCCAGCGGACGAGUCUUCCCUGUUUUACAGCGAGAAGCCGGCAGUUAGUUUUGACUGGAAACGGCCGAAAGAGAUUUCGAGUAACCCGAAGUUUGUUAUUGAUGGAGCGUCGAGGACAGAUAUCUGCCAAGGAGACUUGGGGGAUUGCUGGUUUCUUGCUGCUGUUGCUUCACUGACUCUUAAUCAGAAAAUAAUGUGCCAAGUUGUUCCUCUGGAUCAGACCUUUGACAGUGAUUACGCUGGAAUCUUUCACUUUCGGUUUUGGCAAUAUAAUGAGUGGGUGGAUAUUAUAAUUGACGACCGUUUGCCAACCUUUAGAAACCGUCUGGUAUUUCUACACUCUGCCAGUAAUGACGAGUUCUGGAGUGCCUUGCUGGAAAAGGCCUAUGCUAAGCUAUAUGGCAGCUAUGAAUCACUAAAAGGGGGAAGCACAUUAGAGGCCAUGGAAGACUUUACAGGUGGCAUGGGAGAGACAUUCAAUUUGAAAGAGGCACCCCCAAAUCUGUAUAGCCUCAUUCAAAAGGCAUUGAAACGGGGCAGUAUGUUGGGAUGUUCCAUUGAUAUUACAAGUGCAGCUGAAACAGAAGCUCGCACCACGACAGGACUUGUGAAAGGACAUGCAUAUUCUAUUACUGGUUUGGAUGAGGUGAACUCCAGAGGCCAACGAGUGCAGCUCAUCCGUGUCAGAAAUCCCUGGGGUCAAGUGGAAUGGAAUGGACCAUGGAGUGACAACUCUCCUGAAUGGAAGACAGUGGAUGCAAGUGAUUAUCGGAGGCUGAACAAUAUUGCCAAAGAUGAUGGCGAGUUUUGGAUGUCAUUUGAAGAUUUUAAGAGACAUUACGAUAAAGUGGAAGUCUGUAAUCUUACUCCGGACUCCCUGGAUGAGGAUGCUUUACACAAAUGGGAAGUGACUGUUUUCGAAGGGUCUUGGACAAAAGGCUGUACAGCUGGAGGCUGCAGGAAUUUCUUAGACACUUUCUGGAUCAAUCCACAAUAUAAAGUAAAGCUACUGGAAGCUGAUGAACAGCAAGAUGAUGGCAAAGAUGAAUGUACAAUUAUGGUUGCUCUCAUGCAAAAAAAUAGACGCAAACUACGGAAAGAAGGAGCUGAUUUGCUGACCAUUGGGUUUGCUGUUUAUGAGGCUGAAAGUGGCGUUGAUCAUCUGCCGAAAGAGUUCUUCCGAUUUCAUGCUUCAAAAGCAAAAAGUGACACAUACAUUAACAUACGGGAGAACUCCAAAAGGUUUAAACUUCCACCAGGAGACUAUGUUAUUGUUCCUACAACUUUUCAACCGGAAGAAGAGGCUGAUUUUCUCAUUCGGCUUUUUUCAGAGAAGAAAGCUAAGUCCCUCGAAAUGGGGGAUAAAGUUGGUGCUGAUCUACCGGAGCCUCCCAAACCAACAAUUAACCCCCAGGAGGAAAGUCAAGAGGAAAAGCAGUUCCGCUCAAUGUUUGAACAGAUCUCAGGAAAGGAUCUGGUGAUCAGUGCUUAUGAGCUGCAGGAUAUUUUAAAUACUAUCUUCACUAGAAGAAAGGAAAUAGUGAUGGAAAGUUUUGACAUUGAGACGUGUCGCAGUAUUGUGUCUCUCUAUAAUAAAGACAAUGCUGGAGGACUUGGGUUUGAUGAAUUCAAGAUCUUUUGGAGCCGAAUGAAGAUGUGGAUGAAUGCUUUUCUGAGCUGUGAUCAUGACAAAUCAGGGACCAUAUCAGCUCAUGAACUCCGAACUGCUGUUAAGAACACAGGAUUUCAGGUCAACAAUCAGUUACUGCAGCUUAUGGUCCUCCGAUACACAGACGCAUACCUUCAAGUUGAUUUUGAUAACUUCCUCCGUUGCAUGGUUCGAUUGGAGACUGCGUUCAGAUCAUUCAAAACAUGUGACACCCGGCAGACUGGUGAGGUGACACUGAAUUUAAUGCAGUGGCUCUACAUGACAAUGAAUAUUUGAAGAUAGAAUUGGAGAUCCUCAGACUUCAGUGCUUUUCACCAAAGGAUCUGAAUUUCAACAUUAACAGGGAUAAAAUAUGCAUCAGAAUGAAAUCUUAUUUCUUUGAAUUUUUUUUUUUACUGUACUUUGGUAUAUCUGCUUGUCCUUGUAGAGGGGUUUUGAAGAAUAUUCCUGGUUACUGAUGGUUUUGCUUUAUGGAUAUUAUCUGUUCUGUUAUUCCUCCAUUCUGAGACCAAUGUUUGUAAAUAUUUCAUGUUUCUAUGUUUUGAGAGUACAGCAGUCCUUAGCACAACAGUGUCCCAUCACUAGGCAAAAAAAAAAUCAAAUCCAAUCCCUUGGUACCUAAACUCUCAUUUUUUUACAUCACAUCUUCUCUUGAAGCCCAAUUCAUGUCUGGACAUAAAUUGUUCUGUUCUGAUCCCUUUUGUACUUCCAUCAAAACCCAUCCCUCAUGAUAAUUAAUUCUCCAGUCAAACUCCAAGGCUCUGGUAAAGGAACUCUCCUCCAGAACUCUAAUUCUCUAUUUGAAGACAGCUCUUUUGACGCUGUUGAAUAUACUUCCAGGGUUAGUGGUUUAGGUAGGAUCUGCCAUAUUGUAUUGGUUAGUAACAGCGGAAAAGUGAAUGAAAGGAAAUGAGCGCUUUUCAAUAAGAAGAUUAGGACUGCUUACGUGGACAGUAAACACUGAUGCAACUGGUUUGGACCAGAUGAUGGGUUUCUGUAUUGUAACUUCUGUAGUUCUAGAUAAUGAGAUUCCCAUUCAGGAUCCUACCCUUUUGCAGUCUAUUCUCCCAUUGAAAUCCAUCCAUCUUGUACCUUAACUCACCAUCUGAAGGCCGCCCUACAAACAUUUUAGCUCACACAUUAAAGUUCAUCCCUCGAGUACAUUAAUUCACAGACCAUGACAUCUGAUUGCAUGUUUGAUAAUCUCAACCUUUCAUCCUUUUUGCCUUAUUUAGUAUUUUAAGAUCAUACAUCAUUUUAUCAUUAAUUGUUUACCCAUGAAUAACCAAGAUUAUCUGGUUGAAAGGUUGAGGAAAGAAACCAUGCAUGAUGCUUUUCAGGGGAAGCUAGAUAAGUAUGUGUGGGAGUCAGGAAUGUACGUGUUGGGCAUCAAGAGGCCUGAACCUGGAUAAUUGAGUCAGAGUGAUACAGCAUGGAAACAGGCCCUUCAGCCUGUCCAUGGUGCCCAUUCAGCUAGUUCUAAUUGCCCGCAUUUGGUCCAUAUCCCUCUAAACCCUUCCUAUCCAAGUAUCUAUCCAAAUGUUUUUUAAAUGUUGCUAUUGUACCUGUUUCAACUACUUUCUCUGGCAGCCCAUUCCUUAUACGCACCACUCUGCGUGAAGAAGUUGCCCCUCAGGUCCUUCUUAAAUCUUUCCCUUCUUACCUUAAACCUAUGUGCUCUAGUUUUCAAUUCCCCAUCCCUGGGAAACAGACUUUAUGCAUUCUUCUUAUCUAUGCUCUUCAUGAUUUUAUACACCUCAAUAAGGUGUAUUCUACAUUCCAAGCCAUAAAGUCCUAUCCUGGCCAAUCUCUCCCUAUAAGUCAGGCCGACUAGUCCUGACAACAUCCUCGUAAACUUUCCAGUUUAACUAUGUCUUUCCUAUAACAGGGUGACCAAAAUUGUACACAAUGCUCCAAGUGCCACCUCACCAAUGACUUAUACGACUGUAACAUAACAUCCCAACCACUAUACUCAAUGCCUCGACCAAUGAAGGCCAGCAUGCUAAAUGCCUUCUUCACCACCCUUUCUACCUGUGUCGCUGCUUUCAACGAACUAUAUACUUGUACUCCUUGGUCCCUCUGUUCUACAACACUCCUCAGGACCUUACCAUUUACUGUAUAAGUCCUACCUUGGUUUGACUUUCCAAAGUGCAACACCUCACACUUAUCUGUAUUGAAUUGCAUUUGCCAAUCCUCAGCCCACUUCCCAAUCUGAUCAAGAUCCCUCUGUAAUUUUUGAUAACCUUCCUCACUAUGAACAAUACCUCUUAAUUUUGUAUCAUCCGCAAGCCUACUAAGCAUGCCUUGUACAUUCACAUCCAGAUCAUUUAUGUAAAUAACAAAUAACAAAAGUCCCAGCACCGACCCUUGUGGCACGCCACUAGUCACAGGCCUGCUGUCCGAGAGACAACCUUCAACCAUUACCCUCUGCUUCCUAUCAUUGAGCCAACUUUGAAUCCAAUUAGCUAGCUCUCCAUGGAUCCCAUGCGACCUAACCUUCAUGACUAGCCUGCCACGUGGGACCUUGUCAAAGGCCUUGCUAAAGUCCAUAUAGACAACAUCCACUGCCCUAGCCUCAUCUAUCCUAUUGGUUACCUCUUCAAAAAACCUCCCACGCAUAAAUCUAUGCUGACUAUUCCUAAUCAGACCUUAAUUAUCCUAACAUUGGUUGAUUCUGUGCCUCAAUAUCCUCUCCAAUAACUUACCUACUGCUGAUGUCAGGUUCACUGGCCUGUAGUUUCCUGGCCAGACUUUACUACCUUUCUUAAACAAUGGAACAACAUUAACCAUUCUCCAGUCUUCUGGAACUUCAGUAGGUAAAGAUGAAGCAAAAAUCUCUGCAAGGGCCUCUGCAAUUUCUUUCCUAACCUUCCACAAUGUCCGAGGAUGGACUUGAUCAGGCCCAGGGAUUUGUCCAUCUUAAUGCGCUUCAAGGCUGCAAACACCUCCUCUCUGGUCUUAUACAAUUCUGCGUAAUUUAUGGGGGAUUUUUAAAGAACUUAUUGUCAGUGGCAAAUUUGCGUCGGCACCUUAAUCUUGUUUUCUAUGUUGAAAUUCACGCAGUUAAAGAACACGUAGAACAUGUUUCCAGAUACAUCAGACAGUGUGCUUAUUGUACAAUGCCUUAUAACAUACAUUAUUCAUACCUUUUGGUUUUUGUUCAAUUGACCUGAGAUUUUGCGAAGGUACAAUGUAAUUCUCUCCAAGUCCUGUAACAUUUCCUGUGAAUUCAAUGGUACACAAUCUACCGAUUUACUGCUAGUUUACAAAAACAGAAGUUUCUGGAAAAGCUCAGCAGAUCUGGCAGCAUCUAUGAAGAAAAAAAAAAUCAGUUAACAUUUCGGGUCCAGUGACCUUUCCUCAGAACUGCCAGUUUAUACAGUUACAGAAACUCUCAGAAUGAAAUGAACAGGACUUCAAGAAUGUCAGUUUUUUUUUGAAAAUGGAUGAAAACUGGUCUUCCCCUCCCCCACCUCCAUUUAGUGCAGAUGGAGAGAAAUUUUCCAUCAAGAGAACCACAACUUGCCUUUAAACCAUUUGAUGAAAAAUCUCCAUCCAACUACAAAGAAACAGCAAGAUCCAGACUCAAAGCGAGAAAAUAAAAAUGCUCUCCACAUUAGAAACAAUAAUGAGGAGAUCUGAAGAAUAGGAACAUAAAAAGAAAACAGUAAUGUUACAGCACAGUUGAGGGCAUUUUGAUUUUAAAUGUUAAUUCAUAAUCCAAAUAUACUCAUUUCUUUCUGCUCCCCUCCCACCUCCCUCAAUAUAGUCCAAAUUUAAUCCAGUCUAAUUCAAUCACUAGGUAAUGUUUCUGUAUCACAGACUGUUUAGGAUCUGUUCAAAAUUGUACCUUUACGGUUCCAGUGCAUGCCAAUACUGGUCUGAACUAUCUUAGAAUGUACCAGACAUAUCCCAGUUCAUGCCAAUAUUAACUUACACUGUGCCAGUACUGUUUCAGAAUUUGCUAACACUUGCUCCAGCAUAUGCCAAUACUGACCCAGCCUGAAUAAUGCUAACCAUAUCCUUUCCCAGACAGUGCCAGUGCUGUCUCAGUCUGUACAGCUGCACACUACCAAUACUCCCCGACUGUCCCCGCCAGUGCCAGUCCUGUUCCAGUUCUACUGCUGUUCCAGACUCUGCCAGCCCACAGACUGUAAGUGUCGUCCAAAUGUCAACAGUAUCCCAAACUGUGCUAGUGCAGUCCUAGUUGUGUAUCACCGCUAUCCUGUAUGUAUUGUCCCAGGGCUGUCAGAGUAAUCUAGUGUUUUCCACAGAUAUUGUUGGUACUGUUCCAGUGCUGCAUCAGUACCUGCACUAUACUUUAUGAUACUCAUGGUAACAGUUUGAGAACAAAAUAAAUGGUUUUCAUUUUUAAAAUUUACAAGUCAAACAUUUAUUGAAGUUUGUUCAACCUAAUCUAACCUCAUUGUCUGAAUUCUGCAGAAGAAUUCUUUUCUCAUUUAUUUUCUAAUGCAGCGUUUGUUUCAUUAUUUUGCUAUAAGCUGCUCCUGAAUCUCCAGUCAGGUUCAACAAAAAUUCAGCUGCCACUCAAAGAUGUGAAAGUCCUUCAUUUUUAUCCUCUGAUUUGGAUUCUGUCCUACAUUGUAUAAUGUUUAAAGCAACUUUAUACUGAAGAGGUUGAGAUCAUGGAAAUAAAAUGGCUAUCUAGUCA